AUGGUAAUUGCUAAUUUUGCGGGCGGAGCGCCAGACUGCUCUCAGAAACUACCUAGGUACCUAUAUGGACGCCAUGGCACUGUUUCACGCAAAGAUGACGAUACAAAGCCCAAAGUCCGGCACGAUUUACAAUGCCUAGCUCGUCACCAUCUCCGGCAUGAGUUUGUCAUCACGACAAGUCGAUUGUGGACGGUGUCAGGGUAG